GGAGCAGAGGCAGGAGGGGCGCUCCCCCGCCCCCGGAACGGAAUCCUCCGGGGAGCGGAGCAGGCUCGCGCGCGUGCAUCCCGCACCAUCCCCCGGCCCCCGGCCCCGGCCCGCGUCAGACCGAGCUGCCGCCGCCGCCGCCGCCACCACAGCAGCAGCAGCACUCGGGGAUCCGGGCCCAGCCGGGGCCGCGGGAGGCGGGGGCGCCCGGGCCCUGGAUGUCCCGCAGCGCGGCGGCCAGCGGCGGACCCAGGAGGCCUGAGCAGCAUCUGCCCCCAGCCCCCUGUGGGGCCCCGCAUCUGCCCCCAGCCCCCUGUGGGGCCCCGGGGCCCCCUGAAACCUCCAGGACGGAGCCAGAAGGGGCGGGCACCAUGAAUAAGUUACGGCAGAGCCUGCGGAGGCGGAAACCAGCCUACGUGCCCGAGGCGUCACGCCCCCACCAGUGGCAAGCAGAUGAGGACGCGGUGCGCAAGGGCACGUGCAGCUUCCCGGUCAGGUACCUGGGCCAUGUGGAGGUGGAGGAGUCCCGGGGGAUGCAUGUGUGUGAAGAUGCCGUGAAGAAGCUGAAGGCGAUGGGCCGCAAGUCCGUGAAGUCUGUCCUUUGGGUGUCAGCCGACGGGCUCCGAGUGGUGGAUGACAAGACCAAGGACCUGCUGGUAGACCAGACCAUCGAAAAAGUCUCCUUUUGUGCCCCUGACCGCAACCUGGACAAGGCUUUCUCCUACAUCUGCCGGGAUGGGACCACCCGCCGCUGGAUCUGCCACUGUUUCCUGGCGCUCAAGGACUCUGGCGAGAGGCUGAGCCACGCCGUGGGCUGUGCCUUUGCAGCCUGCCUGGAGCGGAAACAGCGGCGGGAGAAGGAAUGCGGGGUCACGGCCGCCUUCGAUGCCAGCCGCACCAGCUUCGCCCGCGAGGGCUCCUUCCGCCUGUCGGGCGGCGGGCGGCCCGCCGAGCGAGAGGCCCCCGAGAAAAAGAAAGCAGAGGCAGCAGCUGCCCCAGCUGCGGCUCCUGGCCCUGCGCAGCCCGGGCACGUGUCCCCGACACCGGCCACCACAUCCCCUGGUGAGAAGGGUGAGGCAGGCACCCCAGUGGCUGCAGGCACCAGUGCGGCCGCCAUCCCCCGACGCCAUGCCCCCCUGGAACAGCUGGUUCGCCAGGGCUCCUUCCGUGGAUUCCCGGCACUCAGCCAGAAGAACUCACCUUUCAAACGGCAGCUGAGCCUACGACUGAAUGAGCUGCCGUCCACACUGCAGCGCCGCACUGACUUCCAGGUGAAGGGCACAGUGCCCGAGAUGGAGCCUCCCGGCGCCAGUGACAAUGACGGCAUCAAUGCUCUGUGCACGCAGAUCAGCUCGUCUUUCGCCAGUCCUGGAACCCCAGCACCCGGGCCACCGCCGGCCUCAGGAGGGACUUCUGCCUGGGGUGAGUCCUCCAUGCCGCCCGCAGCUGCCUUCCAGCCCGGGCACAAGCGGACCCCUUCGGAGGCCGAGAGGUGGCUAGAGGAGGUGUCCCAGGUGGCCAAGGCGCAGCAGCAGCAGCAGCAACAGCAGCAAGCGGCCGCAGUGGCCCCCGUGGCCCCCGCCCUGCAGCCCUUCCCCGCCCCCGUCGGGCCCUUCGAUGCCGCGCCUGCCCAGGUGGCCGUGUUCCUGCCGCCCCCACACAUGCAGCCCCCUUUUGUGCCCGCCUACCCGGGCUUGGGCUACCCGCCUGUGCCCCGGGUGCCCGUGGUGGGCAUCACACCCUCACAGAUGGUGGCCAACGCCUUCUGCUCAGCCACCCAGCUCCAGCCCCAGCCCGCCACCCUGCUCGGAAAAGCUGGAGCCUUCCCGCCCCCGGCCAUGCCCACUGCCCCCGGGGGCCAGGCCCGCCCACGCCCCAAUGGGGCACCCUGGCCCCCAGAGCCGGCACCUGCCCCGGCCCCUGAGUUGGACCCCUUUGAGGCUCAGUGGGCAGCAUUAGAAGGCAAACCGGCUGUAGAGAAGCCUUCCAACCCCUUCUCGGGCGACCUGCAGAAGACCUUCGAGAUUGAACUGUAGCCCGAGCCGCCCUGCCCACCCCAGCAUCUCCGGGUGCCCCGCACCUGGGCGUGGAGGCCCAACCUCUCCCUAGGCCCGCUCCCUGGGGCUGCGCCCCCCCAACACCCCCUCUCGCCCCUUCUCUUGAUCACCCCCCACAACCACUACAGAAGUGACAUUGGACG